AAGUGACUUGCGGGACAAUUUAACACUAGUCUAAAGGAAAUAUUUACUAACAGGAUCCUGCACGAGUAAAUAUUUAUCUAUAUACCCAUAGAGAUAUUGGUUCAAUAUGGGAAUUCCAACGAUGCAAUCUCAAGCAUAGCGGAAUCGACGGAAAGCCCAAAAAAAAUUCUUUUGAAGUGAUGGAUUCAUUGUAGUAGUGAAUUCCGUACUCGGAGAAAUGGUAUUUCCGGGUUUUUUGUUGCCUGCGGAGUUGUUUUUGUUCAGUGUUUUCCAGUAAUGUAGAUCUGUGGGUCUAUUUGUGGCACUGUAUUUAUUUGUCGAUCUGUGUGUGUGUAUUCCGCCCCCAAACACAUGUAUAGAGAGAGUCGAUUGAAAAGUCAGACGGAUUCCGCUGUUCCCUCAAAUGGCCCCUUAAGUCUGCAUGAAUCCACCAUUAUGAUGAAUUCAGACUCGGGGCAGUCCCCGGACAAGUCGGGGAGUCAGUCCACGGAGGACACUUCCCAGAAUCCCACAGAACAAAUGAACGGCCAGAUCAACUACGACGAACUCUGCAACGUCAAGAACCUUAAGAAUGAUGAGGUGCUAUCCAGGGUCAGCGAACUUGUGCAAGCUCUUCGGGGAUUGGACGAAUAUGACCGUGGAGAAACCAUGAAAAUCCUAAAGAGUAUCGGCGACACAUACUGGAGUUAUCGAGGCUUUUGGGUCAAAAUCGGCGACACCUUGGCCGACGAAGGAUUCGCUGAGAUAACGAUGAAAAUCUUAAAGACGUUGAACGGGAAGGGCAUCUUUAAGAACGACUCCAUCUGGUUCCCAGUCUACUACUGUUUUAAUACUCUGUGGAACUAUUCCGAUGCAUCGCUCAAACUGGCCAAGUCCAUUGCUGAGAAUGACGGAGUGAGAUUUUUUACAAUAAACUGUGAUCACGCACCUUACAUCAAAAACCUGCAUUCUAAGAAUGUGUAUUAUGUAGUGAAAGCCUCCAUGAGUAUUUUACACAACAUUUCUCGAACCACCGAUAUACAUCACUAUUUCAAAGACAACGGGACAACGGAGGUGAUGCUAAAGUUUGCUACCUCGAAGGAUUUGACGUACGAGAUGUUGAAGGUCAUGUCCCUUCUGACCUUGGCCCAUAUAGUGGAGGAGGAGGACAACGACAAGCUUAUAGAUGAAACAGGUGCUAUCGACUGUUGUGUGAGGUAUAUUCUUAAAGCUCUGAGUUCAGAGAAGAGGCGACACCUUGGGUUCACUCCGCACGAAUUGAUGGAUGGGAUGAGUAAACUAGCCGUCAAUGAUAAAAACAAGAAAAAGAUAGUUGAUGCGGGCGCCCUGCCCGUUUUCCUGACUAUGCUCAAGGGCAGUCACAAAGAAGAGCAGGCAAACGCGGCCCGCGCGAUAUGGACGCUGUCCUUUGACAAAGAGGUUUGUCGACAGAUCGUGGAGUUUCCAGAGAUGAUGGAAACGUUGGAGGCGCUCAAGACAAGCCAGGACAAGGAGGUCGUCAAAAACGUCAACGGAGCACUCUUUGUGUUGAAGGGAGAAAACGAUGUAUCAAAACGUCCAAAAUCUGCCAAGAAAAACAAGGGCCAUGUGUUUAUUAGUUACUCUUGGAACGAGAAGGAAGUUAUCAUGAAACUGAGAGAGAGGUUAAAAAAAGAAGGGGUAGAAGUGUGGAUAGAUGUGGAGAGGAUGGGUGGAUCCACAUUAUCCGCAAUGGCUGAGGCAGUGGAGAAUGCAGCUGUCGUAUUGAUCUGUAUGUCGGAGAAAUACAAGCAGAGCCCCAACUGUCGACUUGAGGCGGAAUACACAUUCCAGAUGCGUAAAGAAUACAUUCCACUCAUGGUUCAGAAGCGGUAUCGCCCGGACGGAUGGCUGGGAAUGAUCCUUGGAGCCAAGCUGUACUUUGACUUCAGCGGGAAAUAUCCGUUUGAGAAACCUUGGAACGGACUGAUGAAAGAAUUGAAGGGAAUGGGGAGGCUGUCUGUGUUGGAGAACAAUGCAUUAGAUAAGACAGAUGCCCCUGUUGCUUCUUCCUCUCCUGCCAUGUUUAGUAGCCAGCCAAGAAGACAGAGCUCAGUGUCUUCCAAGCUGUAUCAAAUGAACACAGAGGAUGUCUCUAACUGGCUGUGUUCUCUAAAACUUGAUGGCUGUGUUCCAUCCUUUGCACAGUUUGAUGGUAAACUUCUGGCUCAGCUGAAAUCUAUGAAGAACGAAGCAGCAGAGUUCUACUAUCACUGUCUGGAAAAGAAUUUGAACAUGAACCUAGUAGAAAUCCUAACGUUCACUGAGGGACUUGAAAAACUUUGAACACAAGUUCAGAAAAAAAAAAUAUCAUAAAAAUCUUGAAUAUUUUUUCAUGGAAAAGGUUUAAGCAUUCUUUUAGAGAGGAUGUGAAUAAUUGUUCAUAAACUGAACCUAGUUCAUCAAUCACUGUCUGGAAAAGAACUUGAAUAUGAACCUGCUGGAAAUUCGGUUGUUCACAGAGGGACUGGAAAAACCAUGAACAUGAGAUUUGGGAAAAAUAAUUCUAGAAGUUCUAAAUAUUUUAAAAAGUAAAACUGGGGGCAAUUUUUAAGAUAGUGUAAGAACACAUUGUUCAAUAAUUGAACAACUUUUUUCUCUAAAUACUAUGGGGAACAGGUGUUCAAAAUCAGAAAAAAAUGUUGAAAA